AUGGAGAACCAGACCAACCCAGUCGCUCUGUCCGCGCUACCCGGUGGAAUGCUCGACAACCUCGUGAAAGUGGUUCGGGCCAACUACACAAUCGUUGGCGUCACAUUUUUUCUUCUGUGGCUAGGCACGCAGCUAUUACCUUCGCGCAACAAACUUCCGAUCAUGAACAAGAAGAAAUGGUACGAAGUGUCCUGGCAACGAACUGUCAAGGAGUUCACAACCGAUACCAAAGGGAUUCUUCAAAAAGCCCUCGACGAGUCAGACAACAAGCCAUUCCAGCUGUACACCAACCAGGGACUGAUGACUGUCCUUCCACCAAGGUUCAUCAAUGAAAUUAGGAACGAACCCCGCCUGGAUUCCACGAGACAUUUUCACAGAGCAUUCUUUGGAGCCUUUCCCGGCUUCGAGGGCAUCAACAAGAACAUUUUGUGGCUGUUAAUCACGCUCACUAACAAGUACAUCACCACCAACUUGACCCGAUUCACCAAGCCCAUGUCCGAUGAAUGUGGCCAGGUCCUGAAAGAAGCCCUCACCGAUGCUCCAGACUGGCACCAAGUUAAUCCCUCAACAACAGUGUCCCAGAUCGUCAGUAGGGUGGCCACUCGGGGACUUCUGGGCAAGGAUUUCUGUGAAGAUCCAAACUGGAUCAAAUCUCUGGAACAGUACGCAACCACCUUUUUUUUUGCCGCGGAGCGAUUCAGCGUCUACCACCCUUAUAUACGACCGAUCGCUCACUGGUUUCUUCCAUACUGUCGGAAACUCCGGGCCAACAGUGCACAGUGCUCCAGCAUCAUGCAAGGCGUCUUGAAGAAGCGUAAAGAAGCCCAAGGCACCGCGUCGACACAAAAUACCAUUGAAUGGGCGCAACUAGCCGCCAAGGGAAAGGAAUAUGACCCCGCCCAGAUUCAAUUGAGUAUAGGUCUUGGUGGGAUUGCUACGACGACCAAUAUGCUGAGUUGGUUCCUUUUGUGCAUUUCUAAACACCCAGAAUGCCUAGAGCCUCUGAGAAAGGAAAUUAUCUCAGUCCUCCGUGACAGCGAGGGCGGCUGGAAGAAGACGACAAUCUACAACAUGAAACUACUCGACAGUGCCAUGAAGGAGAGUCAAAGACUCAAGCCUCUUACGCUCUGUACCAUGCGACGUCUUGUGUUGGAGGAUAUGACCCUCUCCGACGGGACUUUCCUUCCUAAAGGAACUAUGCUGGUCGUGUCAUCUUCUCAGCUAAGGGACCCCCAAAUCUAUCCGAACCCUGACAAGUUUGACAUCUAUCGCUUUUACAACAUGAGGCAAAUAGCCGGAAAUGAGAAUGCCGGCCAAUUCGUCACGACUUCGCAGGAUUAUUCCGCAUGGGGUCAUGGCAAGCAUGCCUGCCCUGGGCGAUUUCUCGCUUCCAACCAGAUCAAGAUUGUGUUAUGUCACUUACUAGUCAAGUAUGACUUUAGACUUGCCAAAGGAAGCCCUACCGAUUCGAUGGCAUUCGGCUUCUCCAUCGUCACCCCGCCGACGGCACGCAUUGAAGUAAGAAGGCGCAAGGAGGAAAUAGAUCUCGACUCGUUUACCCUUGGGCUUGAGGAUAUUUAA